AUGUCUGAGAGAGGUCGCUCUCCUGCCGCCUCUGGGCAUGGCACGCCUAAACAAGGCAGCCCUCACCAAUCUCGCCCUCAGAGACAAGGCUCACCAGCACAGGGCUCACAGUCGGGUGGUCCGAGACCUGGCUGGGCUCCCAGCAUGGGAUUCGAUCCUGCGAAGCCCGAGAGCAAGGACCGAAAAGGCAAUACUCGUAUGGAAUUGCCCGCUGAUGCCUUUCUCGACAAUGAAGACCAGAAAGAUGUGUUUGCUGUUCGCGGCAAGAACCUGAAUACUGAAGGCCGCCCUGAGAUGAUCGAAGUCAACCAACUUCGAAUGACCAAAUUUGACUUCAGCAAAAAGAUCUACCAAUACGACGUGGUCCUCUCUCCUGAGCCUGACAAACGCGGCCCUGUCCUGAAGAAGAUUUGGGCCCAUGCCAACCUCAAGGCCGCCCUCGCCCCGUACAACUACCCGAUGUGGAUUAUGGACGGAUCUCGGUUGGCGUGGUCCUCUUCCUUGGUCGAACGCGGCGAGAUCCGAGUCACAGUCGACUUGGAUGACGGCAAGCCUCCUGGGCGCUCCGGGCGCUCAAACAAGUUCUAUGUCAUGCUCCGCAAGACCACGGAGAUCCAGAUGAGCGCUCUCCGGGGCUAUCUGGAGAGAAAGAUGCAAUUUAACAACAGCGUUCAGGAAGCACUCAACUUCAUGGACCAUCUCAUCCGCCAAUGGCCAUCUGAGAAUCUUCUGGCUAUCAAACGCAAUUUCUACAGGAAGAACGAAGCCGGAACCCCCCUCCUCCGAGAUGGAGUGAUCACCGUUCACAAGGGGACUUACGCUUCUCUUCGACUGUCUAACAAUCUUUCCAAGGGAGGCAUCGGUCUUGCUCUGAACGCAGAUGUUACCAACACUUGCUUUUGGACGGGUCGACAGACCAUGGAUCAGUACAUGAUGAGCUUUCUGCGGACGCUUGAUAAGCGCUACCAAAGAGAGGAAGUUGCCACCACCAAGAUCUUCAAUCCGGUUCGAAAUUCCAAGGGAGAAUGGCAGUCCUCGGAUGCCUUCAAGCAGCUUCGCAAGAUGCGCAAGCUCAAGUUCACCAUCAGGCACAUGAACCGUGACCCCAAGCUGGCCGAGAAGGUCUACACAGUGAUGGACUUCGCAUUCGACCAAAAGUAUGGACCGCAGGGCGGUGCCAACGCCGUGACAGUCAAGUUUGACUACAAUGGCCGUGAGAUCUCGGUGGCCGACUAUUACCGGGAGAAGUACAAGGCCACGCUCAAGUACCCCUUCUUGCCCCUUAUCGCGACGGGAAAAAAUGGACACAUUCCGAUGGAGUUUGCCUUUGUCGAGCCGAUGCAGCGGUAUGCUUUCAAGCUGAACCCUGAACAGACUGCAGCAAUGAUCAAGAUUGCUGUCACUCGCCCCAAUGUUCGCAAAGGUGACAUUAUGAGAAACAUUGGAGAUCUUCGCCUGCAGGAGGAUCCCUAUCUCAAGUUUUACGGAGUGGACUUGCAGCACCAGUUUGCAAAGACCGAGGCCAGAGUCUUGAACGCCCCUCUUGUGAACUUUGCCCAGGGUACAGCAGACCCCAAGUACUCUGGCCGCUGGGACCUUCGUGGCAAGAAAUUCUUCAAGCCGAAUGUUGCGCCUCUGACCAACUGGGGCUUUAUUGUCAUGGACGACUGUGUCCAGUUCCCUCAACUCCAGCAGUUUGCGCGCACUUUCAAGACGACCUUCAUGGGACAUGGAGGCAUUUGCAAGAGCGACCCUCUGUUGAUCAACGUGCCGGGCAAUCUCAAGAACAAUGUUGCUCAAGCACUCGCCCAUGCGCACAAUCAGAUUACUCGUGAGAAGGGAUACACUCAGCUCAUCUUUGUCGUUGUCCAGCACAAGAACAGCCCUCACUACGAGCGGCUGAAGAAAUCUGCUGAUUGCCGCUUCGGCGUCCUGACCCAGGUUGUGAAUGGUGCCUCUGUUGCGUCCAACAACGGCCAAUAUCACUCCAACGUGUGCAUGAAGGUCAAUGCCAAGCUUGGUGGAUCGACAUCUCGCACAAACCCUCCAUGGAAGUUGCAGGGGACCUACUUCCCCAAGGACCGGCCUACCAUGAUUGUGGGCGUUGACAUCUCCCACGCGGCUCCCGGCGGCCCGUCUCCCUCUGUGGCUGCCAUGACGAUGUCGGUGGACCGAGACGCGACCAAGUACGCUGCCAUGGUUGAGACGAAUGGCUACCGAGUGGAAAUGCUCAGCCACGCCAACGUCCACACUCUUUUCGGCCAUCUGUGCAAGGUUUGGAUGAAUGGGCACGACCGCCAGUUCCCCAAGCACGUUAUUUACUUCCGUGAUGGAGUCGCAGAGGGACAGUUUGCUCAUGUCAUUGAGCAGGAGAUCAAGGAGAUAAAAGGUUACUUCAAGCAGGCGGCUCCCAGCCAACAGCUGCCCAAGUUUACGGUGAUUGUGGCGACGAAGCGUCACCACAUCCGCUUCUUCCCUGAGAAGGGAGAUCGUAACGGAAACGCCUUGCCCGGAACUUUGGUGGAGAAGGAAGUUACUCACCCAUUCAUGUAUGACUUCUAUCUCAACUCGCACGUGGCGAUCCAGGGCACGGCCCGGCCAGUUCACUACCACGUGCUCAUUGACGAGAUGAACAUACCCGUCAACGAGCUGCAAAAGAUGAUUUAUCAUCAGUGCUACUCAUACGCGCGAUCGACAACGCCGGUGUCUCUUCACCCGGCCGUCUAUUACGCCCAUCUCGCCGGCAGCCGUGCCCGGGCACACGAGAACAUCGCGACGAGCGAGGGAUUUCGCGCCGGUGCAAAGGGCCAUGAGAUGAUCCGUGACAAGGUUGCCAAGGGCGAGUCGAUGAGCGUCCCGCAACGGGGCAGCGAUGCCCCGUCUCUUCUUCAGCUUGGCGGCAAACCGGAGAAUAACACUCCCAUUGACGGAGAGAUGAGACAGAGGGAGUUCUUCAGAGGCACUAUGUGGUACAUCUAG